AUGAGACGUAAAUUUUUUAUUGGAAAAGACGGAACAAAAUGGAAUAGAAAACCAAAUGUUCGUGUAAGAAUCGCGAAUUCUAAUAAAGUUACAGAAAAAUCAGGAGUUAAACUUAUAGCUAAAAGUGCAAAACCAAUUUUGGAGUGUUGGAUGUUAUUUUUUUCAAAUGGUAUGUUGGAGCAUAUAGUAAAAAUGACGAAUAUAUUUAUUGAAAAAGUUCGACCUAAUUACAAUAGAGAAAGAGAUGCUUCGGAAACAUGUGUUCGCGAAAUUAAAGCACUUUUGGGCAUAUUAUAUACAAUUUAUAUUUAUACAAGUUAA